UAUAAUCUUAAUACACGACUGCUCAAGAACUCAAGAAGCAACGAUAAAGUAUUAUUUGAAUACAAAAUAUAUUAUUUUAUAAGGAAUUUACAAUAAUAAGAAAAUAAAUAAAAAUGUUACAAACGCAACUUAGGAUCGAGUCCAUGUUAUUUCACUAUGAGACAACUUAUCAGGCAGAUUAUCGUCACGGUGAGAUUCGAGAGUAUCCAAAGACCGUAUUUAAGCCUAAGCCUGUAAAGGAACGUACCUUAGCGUACAGGAACGUAAACAACCUUCACACGAUGACGGAGUGGAAGGGAGAUGUUCCAUCUUUCAGCCUGACGCAUGCUCCAAAGGAAAUCGUUAGGACCAACCCGCAUGUUGUUAUGAAACCAUUGGAGGAAAAAGAAGACUUAGAAAGGGAGAUAGCUCAAAAGACUCGUCCCCGGCUGGUCGUGGCACCGGCAGUGAGCAUGGAUGACAUCGCCGACCCGACCGCGCGCAGCAUCCUGUGUACUGACAUGUACACCAGCGAGAUGCGCCGCGGCAUGCGCGAGGCGGUUGCAGCAUUACCACCGCAAGUGAAGGCGCCUUUACCGGAACUUCCUGCGCCUGCUAAUCCGAUCGCUCUACCGAAGCUGCAGCCGCCGUACGUGUCACCAGAGUGGCGCAUGGAGACUGUCUCGUGGGACAACAAACAGUUGCGAGCGCACUGCGAUCCCACCAGAGAGUUCUGGCUCACACGAGACCCCAUGAAGUGCAGAAUAUGCGAUGAGUCAGCUCUAGUUGCCGCGCAUAGAAAGAUGAAACACAUUUUAUUUCUCAAAAUGUCCGCCGAAAAACAUUUUGAAGACAUGCUCUUCAAUUACGAAACAUCGUACAGAACGUAUCACCGCAAUGGUGAAAUUAAGCCAAUCAUAAAAACGGUGUUUAAAGCUAAACCGUCUUGCUAUAGAAUCAGGCCUCCACCUUUGAAGGAUAUUCAUACAUUGGUAGAUUGGAAGGACGCAAGGGUGCCGCCUUUUACCUUGCUACAUAAGCCUAAGGAUAUCGUUCAAACUAAUCCCAGGGAUGUCCAGCAGCCUUAUGAGAAGCCAAUAGACGUAGACUUGGAACACGCAAAGAACACGCGUCCUCGAGUUUUCAUAACACCAGCCUUGAGUUUGGAUGAUGCCCCACCAGAAAAACGCAAACUGCUGGUAGAUGAAAUGUACACCACCACAGCUCGAAGGAGCAGUGCUUUGGCGGCCACGGCGCCCAGCGUGAAAGCUCCCUUGCCUGCCUCGCCGGCUCCUGCUAAUUUGUUCACACUUCCAAAGCUCGUGCCGCCAUAUGUGUCUCCGGAAUGGCGCAUUGAGUCGGCAGCAUGGGACGCGCGACAGCUGCGCGCCUGCUGCGAUGCGACAAGGGAGUUCCACCUCGCCAGGCCUUUGCGAUGUGAUGCCUGUAAGUUCACCGCCGCGCGUGAAGCUCAAAUGAAAUUACAGAAACAAAUGAAAAACAGUUGAAACUUUCAAUCAAUUUUAUUGCAAACAAUAACAUUAUUAACCAUGCAAGAAAUAUGAGAGGAAUAUUGUUUGUUUAGAUUGUUCUUAUAUAUUUAAUUUUGAUAAUAACUUUAAUUUACAAUAAACAAUUUCAAUAUAAUAUUGUUUUUACUGUAAGUACUGGUUGUGUUUAAGUUACAAAAACUGAAUUAAUAUCACGUACGUACGGAAUUUUGUCGUUACUAAAAAUAACUUUCGAACUAGGGAAAGAUUUUUACGAAGAGAUCAAAAUAAUUACUAUUUCAAAAAAGCAUAUAUAAGAAAAUCUAUUAAAAUAACUAACUUGUAUACAGAGCAUUAAGUAUAAUUUCAUAAACAAAGCAAUUUGGAAUUCCAUAGUACUCUUUACGAAUAUGUAUGUAGUUCCUUUAACAUUGAAUCAAAUAUUCUAUAACCAGCAUGCAGUGGUAUUAACUAACUCAUGAUAUAACUGGCUAGACAAAUAGAUAGAUAGAUACAAAGUUCACCCGUCGACUGAACGUCCUUACUGGAUAGCCUUAUUGUUCUUACAUAAUAUUUUUUAACAACAUUUUACAUCAUCAUAUUAUAAUUACUUAGAUAAUUCUUAGAUAACCAAAUGCGAAAAACAAGAGAUAUUAUUGAACAGUAUACCUUAUAUCACAUUGGUUAACUAUUACCUAUGUAUAAUUAUACAUUUCUAAUUCAUUAUUUUUAUAUUUUUAGAAUCAUAAUGUUAUAUAACAUGACUAAUGACUAUAUUACUAUAUUUUGUAACAUAAUAUAACAUUUACGAAAUAAAUGUCUGAGCACCGAAGUAUCGCAAGGCAUAAAUCAUAAUUAAAAGAAAACCUUCCAUUAUAAAGAUAAAAUAAUUCCUUAAUUCUACUCAACUUUAUUAUUACACUUCAUCUUCAAUUGCAGUCUUCAUAGUAUAAUUUUACAUUCCUAAUAAUAAUAAUUCAUAACAAUAAUAUAAUGUACGUUAAUUUCAGCUUAUACUUAUUUAUUAAACCUAGUUUUGCUUAAAAGGCAAAAUAAGAACUCAAUAUUAUAUGUCUCUACACUUACUUUUCAUACUAUUAUAAAAUGCAAAAAUAUUUUUUUUUCAGUACUAGAAUAUCUAAAUAUUUUUAAAUAAAUUUAACUAGAAUCUAACUAGCAACAAGUCUAAUUUCAUUUUGGAAUUACAUAUUUUGGUUACUUAAAAAAAAUUAAUAUGUAAGGCAAUAACUGAACAUUAAGUUGAUCUCAAUGUUAUAUAACAUGCCAAAUAUUACUAUUGUUACAUAUAACAUCUUUUAUAAUAACAAUAUGGUAACAUUUAUAUUGUAAGUAUUGAAUAUUUCUUAUAAUAUUUAAUCGUUAUAAUAAUUGAAUUGCAUGUGACUACAAGAUUUUAUUUGAUUUACAAAAAUGCAUAAUAUCAUACCAAUAUUUAAAACAAAAUUGAAAUAAUUUGAUGAAUUGAUACAUUUUUAUUUAAUUAAAAGAACAGAUUAUUAAAUAUAAUUCUAUAACCCUAAUUUUAUCAUAAUGCUUUUAAACAUUCCUUACAAUAAUUUUAACAAAACG